AUCAAAACACCGAAUCGCGAAAAUCCUGUUUGGUUUGCAACAAAAUCCACUUGAAAGUAUCUUAAAUUGGUUUGUGGAGGAAAAUGUUCUUCACUCUAGUGCUCGUCUAAGUAUCUCCGGUAAAGAAUUCGCCAUGCGAUUUCCAACGUUCCUCAAAUCGAUGCUGCUUGGAGUCCCCGUUGGAGUUACGCUGCUCGACUGCAUCGGCUAUGUGGCCCGUGUCGAAGGUGUUUCCAUGCAACCUGCGCUCAAUCCGGAUGCUGCUGUAACAGACUACGUAUUCCUUUCGCGCUGGGCAGUGCGAAAUAUGGAUGUGCAAAGAGGAGAUAUUAUUUCGCUGAUUUCUCCAAAGGAUCCGAGUCAAAAAAUCAUCAAGCGUAUUGUUGCUCUCCAGGGGGAUGUAAUCUCCACUCUAGGAUAUAAGGUUCAGUACGUGAAGGUGCCAGAAGGACAUUGUUGGAUUGAAGGCGAUCACACAGGCAACUCCUUAGAUAGCAACACUUUCGGUCCAGUUUCGUUGGGGCUAAUCACGGCGCGAGCGACCCAAAUCGUGUGGCCACCAUCACGCUGGCAGCAACUACCCUCUACUGUACCAAAAACAAGAACUCCAAUCUCUUUCGGAAAGCGCGCGGCGACUGGAAGUAAUGGAUCACAUGGAGUCAGCAAUCACACGGCAACUAGCAGCCCUGGCAGCAUUACAACCCCCGUAGUUAAUUCCGUCGAGGAAAUGCACGAACUCAAUCACUAGAGAAUUCAAUAAAACAAAUUACUUUUAGU